ACGCGUUUUGUCUGCUGCUGUAAGCUUGACUUUUUUAUUUUAGUUUCUCAUCUCUUUCAUUUCUCCUUCCCUCUCUCUCAUCCAUUUGAGGAGACCAACUGCAAUCAUCCUAGAUAAUCGGUAUCAGCAGAAGCUAAUAGAAUAUCAUGUCCCAACUGUAUCCAAAAAGGGUAUAUAGCGUCCGAGAUAUCAGCCAAUUCCAGUAUCUUCACGCAACAGAUGAAUAUGUGAAGGAACAUGGAGCAGUACCAUCUUCGCCACUGCAGGGUGAUCAUCAUCCCUCAGAGAAGGGGAAGGGUCGUCGUAAAAGAUCCAGGCUGAGCGAGGAGGAAAAAAGGGAAAGGAAGAGACAACAUGACGCCAAAUACAGGAUGAAGAAAAACCAGGAGAAUGAAAGGCUCAAGGAAGAGAAUAUCAUGUUAAAAAACAAGUUAAAAGGAAAGGACAGUGAGACAAGACUAGAUUUAUAUGAGUUGAUGGAAGAUGUGGACAUUAUGCAGGGUUUUCCUAUUGAUUUGGGAGAAAACCAACCACUCAAUCACCCUCAGGAUGGUUUUCAACCUCAGCUUUCGUUUGUAGCUCAACAUGAGGUUCAGAGUCAAUAUUCCUUAGUGGAACACCAGUCAAUCACUUACUUCCAGGACCAUAAUCCUCAAAUUCAUAUACCCCUAUCAACUGCAGUGUCCAAUGAUACAGGCAAUUCCUUGGAGCAAAGCCAAAUAAUCAGUCAGCCCGAGCUAAUUGUCCCUGCUUGCUGCUUACCAUUUGUGGAAAAACUGAAACGAAAGGACCGACACAAUGCUUCAUAUUCUCACCAUUUGAAGACAUUGUUACAAGGAGACACGACAGAUUUUGAAGGAUACAGAAUCCCGUUGCCUUUACACCCAGUCCUUGAAAACAUAGUUACCAUCCAUGGUGAUAUAACAAGAAGCUGUAUGUUAAGUUCUUUUUCUGCUGAGAACGUAUUGCUUCAGUUUUUAGCCACAUUUAAAGAAAUGGAGGAAACAUUAUCAUUAGAACAAGUGACUGAGGAUCAGAUUCUGAAAUGGAAAUGUUGUAUAGCUGAAGCUCUAAACAUCAAAUUCCAUGUAGACUUUGCAGCAACACGUUUAAUUGAGAUCGUUAAGUCUUAUCUGGAUUUAAUAGCUCGUAGCAGAAUGACUGCCAUUGAUGAGAGGAUCAAAGCAUUGGAGAUGGAGAUGAAUGGUCUGAAAUGUGAGAAGCUUGAAAUUGAUAGGUUUGUGUUGUCUGGUUCGAAAGAAUUGGUGGGAAAUUUUGGAUUGUUUUGAUGUUAUGUGGAUUUCAUUAUGGUACAAUGAUAAUUUUAGUCUUUAAUGUUUA